AUGGGUGAUGCAACUCCAACAACAACUGUGGCUGGUGGAGGUUCACAAGCUUUAAAUGACUAUGUUAUGGUUUCAUUUCAUGCUUACUAUCUUCAUCCUUCAUAUGCUCCAGGGAUGGUCCUAGUGAGCGCACCUUUUGAUUGUAAAGGAUUUGAAGGAUGGAGAAGAGCUAUGUUAAUAGCUCUAUUAGCUAAAAACAAAAUUGGUUUCAUUGAUGGAAAUCUCCCCAAACCUGCAUCUGCUCCUCUGCUCAAUGCAUGGACUAGAUGUAAUGACACGAUCCUUUCAUGGCUCUUAAACUCUCUGUCAAAAGAUAUUGCAGAGAGUGUUCUGUAUUCUCACAGUGAUCAGUACCUUUGGGAAGAUCUGGAGGCAAGAUAUGGACAGACCAAUGGCCAAACUCUUCUAACUACAAAAGAAAUUAUCAGGUUUAGUUCAAGAAAGGAUAAAACUAACAAGGCACAAGAAGAUGAGUGGUUAUUGCAAUUUUUGAUGGGUUUGAAUGACUCUUACUUGGGAGUGAGAAGGAACAUUUUCAUGAAUAAUCCACUCCCUUCAAUAGGACAUGCUUAUUCUUUUGUUAUACAGGAUGAGAAAUAA